AUGGCUCCCAUCCCAAGCACCUCCAAGACCGUCCAGAUCUCCAGCAACGGCGGCGUCGAGGUCCUCGACCUCAACGACGUCCCCAUCCCCAAGCUCGCCGACGGCCAGGUCCUCGUCCGCAACGAGUACAGCGGCGUCAACUUCAUCGACACUUACUUCCGCACGGGCCUCUACUCCUCCGUCUUCCCCUUCACCCUCGGCCGCGAGGCCGCCGGUGAGGUCGUCGCCGCCCACGACUCCGUCAAGGACUUUAGCCCCGGCACCCGCGUCGUGUACAUGGCCAACGGCGCCUACGCCCAGUACACGGUCGUGGACGCCGCCAAGGUCAUCGCCCUCCCCGACGCCCUGCCCAGCGACAAGGCCGCCGCCGCCUACCUCCAGGGCCUCACGGCCUGGACGUUUGUCCGCGAGGCCGGCCAGGUCAAGGCUGGGCAGUGGGUCCUCGUCCACGCCGCCGCGGGAGGGGUCGGCCUGCUCCUCGUGCAGAUGCUGCGCGCCGUGGGCGCAAAGGUCAUCGGCACGGCCAGCACGGAGGAGAAGCAGGCGCUGGCUCGCAAGCACGGGGCCGAGUGGACGAUCAGCUCGCAUGACGACCUCGUUAGCAAGGUGAAGGAGAUCACGGGCGGCCACGGCAUCGACGUCAUCUUUGAUGGUGUCGGCAAGGAUACGUUUGAGGCUGAUCUGGAAAUGAUUGCCGUCAAGGGUAGUCUGAUUUCCUUUGGAAAUGCUUCCGGUGCCGUGCCCCCACUGAACAUUCUCAGACUGGGACCCAAGAACAUUCGCCUGAUGAGGCCCGUGGUCAACCACUACGUUGCUAGCAGGGAGGAUCUCGAGAAGUACAGCUUUGAGCUCUUUGAUCUCAUCACUUCGGGCAAGUUGGAGGUCAACAUCCACGGAGUCUACCCUCUUGCCGAGGUAGCGAGGGCGCACACCGAUCUCGAGGGCAGGAAGACGAGUGGCAAGCUCCUCAUCAAGACCAACUAA